AUGAUGAAUCGAUAUUCCUUGUAUUUUAAAGAUAUUCAUUUAGAAGAUUCUUAUCAAAAAUAUUUGUUAGAUAUUAACAGAAAACCUCUCUUAAAGAGGUUAAUAAUUUCUACAACUAUAGUUUAAAUUGCAGAUUUCUUAUAAAUUAUUGCCUCAUCCUAAUAUGAAGAACUUACUUGGAAUUAUGUCUUUGUGCAUUAUUUAUUAGAGUUUAUUUUGAAUAUGUUGCUAAUCUUACUCAUUAUUUAUUAACCUAAAUAUAUUGGAAAAGGUUUGUUGCUAUAUAAUCAUUUUUUUGCUGCUGCUUUUGUAUUCAUUGAAUAUUAAAAAGCUAUGUAUUCAAUAAACUAUUCAAAGAUAAUUUAAUUAGGCAUUAUAGGAUCAUAAUUUAUUAUAAUUUUGUCAUCUGACUUUAUUGAAGCAGCUUACUAAGCAAGUGUUUUUCCUUUAAUAUAUAUUUUUAUUUGGUCUUAUGGAUAAGGCCAAACUUAUUAUGCUGGAAUAGUUGCAGUAAUUUUAUCUGGACUGGUGUUAUUAUAAGGUUUGUAUGAUCAUUAAGUUGCCUUUAGAUCUUAAUUUUAAUUGGGUUUUAUUGAUAAUUAAUGGGAAAACAUAUUUACAUAAUUAAUUAGCGAAUAAUAUUUAAUAUUUUAUUUUGAUAAUGCAACAUUUAGUUUUUAAUUAUCUAAAUCGAAAAAUUAUGUUUACAAAAUUGAUACAACAAAAUAGCUUCAAUCAUAUUUAAGAAAAAUAAAAAUAAAUAAAAAGCAAAAUUUUGAGUAAUUUUGUUAUGAAUAGAUGAGAAAUCAUACAAACUUUUAUAAGGAUGAUCUAAAAUAGAAUUUAGCAAUUUAAUUUUAGGGUAAAUCUUAAAUCAUUUAGUAUUCAAUAUUUUAUAGUGUUCGCCCAAUUGUACUUUUAUAAAUCAUCUCUAAAGACACACAUUAGAAUGAGAGUGAAAUUGAAAUAGAUAGAAAAAUAAAUCUAGAAUCAAAAUAUUAAUUUAAAUAUAAAAAGUUCAUUUAUUUGUUAUAUCAACCUUUAAAAAAGAAGUGUAAGGAUAUAUCUAUUUCACUUAAACUUGUAUCAAAAAUUAGAAAAAUAUGUCUAUAUGCUAAUUUAUAAGAAUACAUCACACCUCAUAGCAUUUUAUCAGUACAUAUAUUUUAGCUAGAAUAUUUAUUUUAAAAAAUAAGAUUUAUUUAUGAAGACUAUGAUAUAUAAAUUGAUAAUAAAAUCAAUUUAAUUACAAAUAAUAAGGAACUUUUAUUAAUGCUUUUUAUUGAAAUAAUCGAAAAAACGAUUUCUAAGCAUUUGAAAAUAGAAACAUCAUUCUUCGAAAAUAGUUAAAUUUUAAUCAAGUUUAUUUGUUAUUAUUCCUAAAAAAAUCUUGAAGAGUUUUUGCAUAAAAUAAGCCUUUACUCAAAUUUUAUAAAUAAAAUAGAGUUUGAGAAUCAAUGUAUAAAAAAAAUUAAUUUUAGUUAUUGGAAUUUAUAUUCAUAAUAUUUCUUUAUAAGUGGGAAAUAAACUUUCAUUAUUAACAUCAAAUAAAAACGAAUUAUUUUAAAAUCUAUUAGAUUCAAAUCGUUGA